GUCGUUUAACAACGUAAAAGCUUUCAGAUAUUGUCGUGUCGUGGGAGACCGUUGAAAAGUUAAACACAUCUUCGAAAAAUACCAUUAAUUGGAAUUAGUUAAAGUCAUCCUCACCUGGCUGCUCUGCUUCUCCUCCUGCUACUAUCUUCUUCUAUUCUUUCCUCGGAAUCUAAAUCCAUUAUUAUUAAAAAACACUCUGCUUUGCUUUCCUUUACUUUUUGUUUCAUCUCAAUAGUCAACGCCCCCCAAAAAAGGGAAGAAAAAAAAUGUCAAAAAGUGUCUGAUUUCUUCCUCAAAUUCUGAACCCAAAACCAAAUCCACUUCUGGGUAUUGUUCAUUUCCCUCAAAUUCAUCAAAAUGCCUCGAAGAAACAACGACCCAGAAGCCACAACAACCGGGUCCACCUUCGUCCUCUUAUGUUCGGCUCUGAUCUCCUGUCUUCUGGUCUACGGUGUCUUAUCCGUGGUCCUCAGACCCAACGACUUAUACACCUCGUCAACACUUGAAUUGGCUCAAGGGGAUGGUGGGAAUAGAGAUUCGAGGGGUGAGAAUGGAGAGUGUUGUAAGGGAGUCGAGAAUCUGGAGCUGUGGGGAGCUGCGGUUAAGUGGGGAUCCGAGUUUAAGUUCAACACUUCUGAUGAGUGUUGUAAGGCUUGUAAAGCUAUGUGUACUGGCAAUGAUGGCCCUUGUUUAUGUGACACUUGGGUCUUUUGCGGGAAUCAGGAGACUUGUGGCUCCAAAUUUGGUGAGUGCUGGUUGAAGAAACAGAAGGACACCUAUGCUCCAGAUCGGCAAGAAUCAGAUCAUGCAGUUAGUUGGACGUCUGGGAUCAUAUUUGGGAAAGGAGAGGGAAUUAUUGGGAUGAAAACAAAAUAUGGAACUCUCCACAUAAAGCUUUUCCCAGAUUGUGCUCCUCAUUCUGUAGCAUACAUUCUGGAGCUCUUGAAAUUGCGGCAUUGUGCAGGUUGUGAAUUCUAUCGCGCAGAGAGCCGAGGCGAAUCCUGGGAUUUAGAAGGAAACCACAUAGACAAGGCUCCAUAUGGCCCUCCAUUUGCACUGAUCCAAGGAACAUUAGAAGCCGUGGGAACUACAUUCAAUAAGAUCCCAACUGAGGUUUGUCCAACAAUUAAAAGGGGUUCGGUAGCCUGGAUCGGUUCUGGCCCUGAAUUCUUUAUAAGCCUUGCAAACCACCAAGAAUGGAGGAAGGCAUACACUGUUUUUGGUUCUGUUCUUCCCGAGGACAUGAAAAUUGCCGAGAAAAUUGCUCUCCUCCCCACUGUACCGGAUGUUUGGAAAAAUAUCAACGUCUCCAUCUUGGAACAACCUGUACCGUUGUCGUUGCAAAGGUUCGAGAGGAGCCAUGGAGCUCUUGGCACAAGUGUAAAAUCAGAUUGAGAAGUCCAUAAUUUUUUUGACAUUUUUCGUAUAAGUUCGAUCUUUUCCUUUCUCUGAAAAAAGAAAGAAAAGAAAGAGAAAGAUAAAGGAAAAGAUUUCUGUGGCUUUGAACUAGAUUCAAAAUAUUUACUUCUUUCUUGGAGCAAUAACACACAAUCUUUUGGUCUA